CUUGGAUACCGCGACGAUGGACCACUGUUCAAUAGAAAGGAAAGUGGAAGAGGGGAGAAGUGCAUUGACCUUUACUCGAGGCCAUGGUUCGGGCAAUAAGGACUAGACUUAGCAUUGUCAAAGAUACAUCUCAUAUAAUAACUAUUCACUUGGUCAGGGUUAAAAAAAAAAAAGAGUUUACGCCUUUCUUUUUUAAUUUUGUUUUUAACCAUGGAUAGAGUGUUCUGCAUUCUUAUCAUUCACGUUGUGGUUCUAAGGGCUUGCAUAGAAAAAAUAGUGAAUGCGCCUCUCCGUAAAGCCUUGGCCUUUGUUUACAUCGACAUUGAAGCACAAGGCCGUCCCAGAUAGCAUGUGCUAUUAAAAAUAUUUUUCAUCUCCGUGCGCACUUUUGAACGACAGUUGCCAUUGUUGGGCAUGGGUCACCGCCUCCCCUAUUACAAAUUACUGACCAUUCUUCCUUCCUUUCUUCUUUCGUUUCCUUCCUUCCUUCUUUCUUUCUUCGCUCUUCAUUCUUCAUUCUUCAUUUUCUAUCAUCUCUUUGUUUUUAUUCAAAUGCUAAUUCAUAUACUGCGCUUUUUCACAGUUUGCUCUUUAUAAAUUCAUUGCUCUUUUCCUCUUCACAUCCUGACCCUGACCCGACCCUUCCUUCGAUUUCAUUUUGCAGAAAGCACCCAACAUCCGUGGAUCGUCAUACCUUCAUUUCAGCUCUUGAUUUCCCUUUUUUCCCUUUUUUUCUCUCUCUCU